CACGGGCUGGAUCUCUGGAUUUCUGGACUGGACUACAAGUGCAAAGCCGGACAAGGUCAUUGAUCAUCAAACUAAACUGAGAAGGUUCAAAAGAAAACGCACACGGAAACUGCAUUCAUGAAUAUGCAACAGACGGUGUUUGUAGCUGUUGAGACCACUGGUCCCUCAUCCAGUUCAACAACCCAGGAGGAUGAUGUGUCUCUCAGCUGCAGCAUGAGGAACAAAGGAUUCACUGUUCCUUGCAUGAGCUCCUCGGAUGUGGAAGCUUGCAUUAAAAUGUUUGAAUCACAUCCAGGUCCACUGGUGUUCAGAAAUGGAAAGAUCAUCAGACAGUCUGAGAUCACAAACUGGAAUGAAUUCCAGUUAACAAGAGAGCCUGUAUGCUUGAUCAAACUGAAACGAGAAAACAAAAUCAAGUCCUGCUAUGGAGUCUACUUGGGGAAUGAUUACACCUUGACUGCCUGUCAUACAUUUGAGUAUGCUCGUCUAUAUGACGCAUAUGUUUUCUUUCCCACCACAGAUUUUGUUCUGAUUUAUGAGGCAGAACUUCCCAAAGAACAGCACAUGUUUCAUGACAAAGAUCAGUGCCUUAUUAAAUUACUCGGGGAAACAAAUGUUUUGGGCAAAGGUUUACUUGACUGCAUUUGUGAACCCAGUAAGAAUGAGGAUUUAUAUUUCUACACAUUUGAUAGCCAGGGGAAUCUCCAAAUGCAUACAUGCAAAGAUAUCACUCAUUUCUCUGCCAUGAAUGAGAAAAGGCAAAAAAAUGAGUUUCUGAUGUCCACGGCAGGUCAGCCAGGUGAAAGUGGCAAUCCUGUUUUCAGUCUGAGAUCCAAAAAAUGUGUGGGAAUAUACAGAGGAGUCACAAUGUCAAAGAAAGAAUGUGCAUCCAAAAUAGAUUACAAGCAACUGAUAGAAUACACAGCGCCACUAAAAGCAAAUCCAUCUUGCUUGAACAUGUUCUACAGCAUCUUGUCCAUUCUUAAGACUGCAUUUUUUUGCUGUCCGGCCCCAAGCUAUCAAACCUCUGCCGAUGAUUCAGAAUAA